AUGUACAAAACCAUACACAGACAGUCACAGGCCGAUAAACAGAAAAAUGGAUUCAAGUGCCGUACACAAACGUACAACCACUGGACAGUAGGCACAUGCUUUUAUAUAAACAUUCCUAUAAAUCAUGGACGUCAAAUUUGCGGUCCACAACGAGAGCCACAACGUUAUGGUCUGGUCGCCAGAAGAGAACUGGAUCAAAAAGAACACGAUGACAUCACAAGUCACGUGAUGCAGACGGCGAAGAAAACAAAACCACCUGAAUUUUAUUCGAUUAUACAUCAAAUUUGGAAGAACUACAACGACCCGGCUAGAAGUUUUUGUUAUAUAGAAAGACGCAGGCUGCAACAACCUGUUGAGAUUGACAAGGAUAUCGUGUAG